UCACCGAAGGUCCUACAGCCCAGCUAGAGUCUGUGGCAUCUCCCUGGGUGAGCAAGGCCGAGCGCGUCUGUGCGGAGGACACUGCGGCCGGAGAGGAGAGCGCGGGGGUCCCGGCGUGACGUCAUCCGGAGCGGCCUGACGGCGGAGCUGUGAGGUGCCUGUGUGAACGGAAUGGAGGAGCAGUGUCCGGCCAUGCAGGGACCACCUGUCCCUUCGUUUCAGCCACAGAAAGCACUGCGGCCAGACAUGGGUUAUAACACACUGGGCAACUUCCAGAUUGAGAAGAAGAUUGGACGGGGUCAAUUCAGCGAAGUCUACAGAGCCACGUGCCUUCUAGAUCGCGUACCUGUCGCUUUAAAAAAGGUUCAGAUUUUCGAUUUGAUGGAUGCCAAGGCGAGAGCAGACUGUAUCAAAGAGAUUGACCUCCUUAAGCAACUGAACCAUCCAAAUGUAAUAAAAUACUAUGCCUCAUUCAUCGAGGAUAAUGAACUGAACAUAGUUUUGGAACUUGCAGAUGCCGGGGACCUAUCUCGGAUGAUAAAGCAUUUCAAAAAACAUAAAAGGUUGAUCCCCGAGAGGACGGUUUGGAAAUACUUUGUGCAGCUUUGCAGCGCCUUAGAACAUAUGCAUUCCCGACGCGUCAUGCACAGAGAUAUUAAGCCGGCCAAUGUGUUUAUAACAGCCACAGGCGUGGUGAAGCUGGGGGAUUUAGGUUUGGGCCGCUUCUUCAGCUCCAAAACCACAGCUGCACAUUCUUUAGUGGGAACCCCAUACUACAUGUCACCAGAGAGGAUACAUGAAAACGGAUACAACUUCAAGUCUGAUAUUUGGUCAUUAGGAUGUCUACUUUACGAGAUGGCGGCGCUGCAGAGUCCUUUCUAUGGAGACAAAAUGAACCUGUACUCCUUGUGUAAGAAGAUAGAGCAGUGCGACUAUCCCCCGCUGCCAUCUGACCACUAUUCUGAGGAGCUGCGCAUGUUGGUGAAUACCUGCAUAAAUCCCGACCCGGAGAAGAGACCAGACGUAACCUACGUGUAUGAGGUCGCAAAGAGAAUGCACGCUGUGACCGCCACCAGCUAGAUGACUAGUCCUCGAAGAUACUUCCCACCCUACGUCCAUCACUUUUCAAGAAUUUCCCCAGUAUACUCCGUAGAUGUGGGCAGGUUUUUUCGCGCUCCUCAGUGGGCUUAUGGUAUAUUAUAAAGGCCACGAAGUUUUUGUUUUUUUUUUGUUUGUUUUUUUUUUAAAUCGUAUGGGACACUUUUUCUUGGCAACUUCUAGUUAAGUUUGCAGUGCAAGACCCAUCCCUCGUUCUGCAGUCAACAUCUAGAGAUGGAAAUCUCCAUGUACGCCACACCUCCAGAAAUCCGCUAUGAGGAGUGUAAUGAUGAGAGAUUGGGAUAUUUUUUUCUCCCUGUGUAAAUUAUCAAAUAAAAGCUAUGUAAUUGGGUAUAGAAAACACCAAAAAGAGGAGUCGGGAAAGAUAGAUUGGUGAUUCGGUGGGUGGGCUUCAAGUCAAUAUGAUGAAGGGUUCCAAUGGACGCCAUCUUUGGAUAGGUUUGUGUCCUCCACAACAUGCAGUCAGGCAUGUCACGUACACAUCCGCCACGAGAAAAGGCCUUUAACUCUUUAUUUACCUCGCUGUCCUAUAUCUUGUGCCUUUAUAAAGACUUUGCAAAACUUGAGUGCAAUGUAAGGUUUCAUGAUCAUUUAAUGCUAUUGUUUUAUUUUUCCCCCUCUUAAAUAAAUAUAUAUGUGUGUGUGUGUAUGUAUGU